UUGCUGCUCCGAGUCACUAAACCUUACGGCAGUGUUGCGCGUGCGCAGGUCAGUAACCAUGGAGACCAGACGACAACCGUAAAGCGAUUGGCAGGUCGGCGUUUUUUGUGGAGCUAAGUUAACAAAGUAGUGAGUAAACCUGACGACGACGGCGAGGACAAUCAAACACAGAGCCAAGCACGCCAAAGUCAGCCUUCAAGAAAAACAACUGAUUGUCACGGAAUUCAAAGGCAUUGCCACUGAGGACAGCCAUCAUGUGGUCCUUCGUGAGGAUGAACUUGAAACCCCUGAUCAAAGGGAUGGAGGCGUUCAUGGAAACCGACAGCGAGCAGAAUUCGGAUAGUGAAGACGAGGACGACGAGGACGAAAAAAAAGUGAAAGUGAGGGAGUCUCCUCCGAGUGAAUACCUGUCCACUCCAACCCUCCCCGACUCAUACAGGCGCAACUCCCCUGGCGAGGUCCGCCUGUUGGCCAUCGCCGACAGCUUCCAGCGUCAGUAUCGUCUUUUGUGUUCCGAGCGCAAGCCUCUGCUGCUCUUCCCCAUGAACGAAUGUGGCGUCAAGAAGUUUGUGUCAACCACGCUGCGGCCCACCAUGACCAGCCACCCCGAGCUGCUCUACUGGGAAGGAUGUGCUUCCUUCGUGGCCGACUUCCUGUCUCUGACUCCUCUGGAGCCGCCUGGAGAGCUGCCCAAGUUCUUGUUCUCGGCCACGUCGGUGCUGCACAGUCAGACGGCCACGUGUUUCGAGUACGCCGCCGUGCUCUGCAGUCUCCUGCUGGGCGCCAACUACGACGCCUACUGCGUUAGCGGCUACGCCAGCAAGGAGAUGUGCCUGCUGGACCAGCGCCUGCAAGAGUGCCACCUGCUGGACAACCAGGACAAGGUGGAGGGCGCCGAGGCGAAAAGCGAGAGCGACAACGUGCUGAAGCGGGAGGUGAAGAGCCGCUUCUUGACCAACCAGGCCAAAAAAGCACAGGAAGAAGCCGAGGCCAAGUCCAAGAAGCACGAGGAGGAACCCCAGCCUGCUGUCGACUCCCUGAGGGGUCUGCGGGUCCACUGCUGGGUUCUGGUCCUGGCCGGGUGCCGCAGCGUCCAGGAGAACUUCUUCAUCGACCCGCUCACAGGAAGGAGAUACAGCACCACGCACGACCAAUUCCUGGGGGUGGAGAGCGUGUGGAACAACCUCAACUACUACGUCAACAUGCAGGACUGCAAGGACGUCUGCGCUGAAAUAGUGUAUGAUCUUCAUGACAUCCGGCUGUGGGAGCCAGUCUUGUUCGGGGUCAUCAGCAAGAGACAAAUGUCCCUCAACAUCCUCAAGAGGAAGGAGAUGAAGAUGAUGGGCAUGACUUGGGAGGACGAGGAGGAAGAGGAGCGAGUGUUUGAGAUGCCCAGGUCGUGGGUCUCCUACAUCAGCAUCUCCAGAGAAGACCUGGAGACACGCUGGCCAGGAAGCAGGAAGUUGACGUGCUACAAGAAAACUGAGCUGAAAAGGUUCGCUCCUUACCUGCGACUCAACGGGCUGGUGACGCGGCUCACCACCUUCAAGGACUUUGACUGCAAAGAGGCGGUGACGGUGAAGGAGUGGUACAAGGACAGAAACGACCACCUGAAGGAGCGAGAAGUCAACAAAGUGACGGGCAUCACCAUCGAGCGCUUCACGCCGGGGCGACAGUUCCACCUUUUAUUCCACAGGUUCACCACUGCGCCAACACAAGGCACCGAGCACGAGAUGGAGUUCAGCGGCGCUCGUGUGGACGGUCUGGUGCGCCGCGUGGACACGCCGGAGGAAAUGACGGAGACCUUCGAGGGCCGCGAGGACUUCCUGUACUACCGCCACGUGGUCUUCGGCCACCUCCCGGAGCCGGAAGACGAGGACGCCGACACGGAGACGGAGGAGCGGCCCCUGCUGAAGGUGGUGGAGCGCUUCCACAGGAACCCCCAGAAGGACGCCAACGAGGACGUGGCCGAGCGAGUCUUCUUGGCGCCGCAGAGGAAGAUGGAGGUGACGUACCACCUGGAGGAGCACAGGUUCGUGCCCUGCACCAGGACCUUCCUCAAGCCGCGGGAGUCGGACGACUUCAAGGCCGACAUGGUCACCGGCUUCCACGUGGACCCCACCCAGAAGCCCCUGCACACGCUGGCUCUCUACAAGCUGCUCUCGGCGCUGGUGGAGGCCGAGAAGGACACGGCGGAGCAGAUCAAGUGCUCCAAGAAAGAGGUGAGAGACAUCGUGUCCUGCAGGCAGCGUGAGGAGAUGGACAUUCUUCUUCACUUUUCUCCAUGGACCACCACCGGAGCCGCCAAAGCCCGCAAGCAAAGAGAGGAAAUGGAGCGCCUGGCGGCCGAAGAGCAGAUAUGGUUGCAGGAGAAGGAGGAAGACUUCCUGGCUCCCUUCCUUAUCCGACUGGGGAACGUGAAGGACAUGACGGCUGAACACGCACGCUUCCUCUACGACGACUGUAUGAGCGACUUCAAGACGCACAUGGCCGAGCGGGCCAGACUCAUCCAGGAACGCCACGACCAGGCAACACAUGCGCUAGAGAAGAAGCAACUGUACUACCAACAGAGCCAGCUGAACAUGAGCCACCAGGAGGAGAAAGAGUACCAGGCCUUCUGCGCCGAGCACACCUUCCAAAUACACAUUGCCACUGAACGCCUCAGCAUGCACAAGAGAUCAGUCGCUCAGAGGUACCGUGCACUGGAUCAGAGACUAAAACAAGACCCACGACUGGCACCUUACCUGCCGAGCUGAACACACACACACUUUACACCAGUCUGUACUGGUAAUAACUUUAUGGAAUAAAAUCACAAUACAAAUAAGUCUUAUUUAAUCACCAAUACAACAUCAGAGAGUUAAAAUAGGUCAUGUGCAUUCCAGUCCACUAGUUGGCGAUGUCACUUUGAAGAGCAGUGAACAGAAGAAGCGAGUAAAAAUAUUCCCAUCGUUCCUGGGAAUAGCUCAGUAAUGUAUUUUGGCACUCAGGAUGUCAGGGUCAAAUACCAUGAGACAUUAUAAAGACACAGAAACAGAGAAUAGAAGACAAACCAGUGAUUGCUUUUCUCGUACGAGGAGAGGGACCUGGAGCAAGUUGUCAGUCACAGGCUCCUAAUUCACUCUGAAAUCGUCAACAGCGUUGCCUUCGGUUACCGAACAGUUCGAAGAAAGUUCGUCAAAUAGUUCAAAGAGAGUUCCAUUAAAUAGUUCAAAGAGAGUUCGUAAAAUACUUCAAAAAUAGUUCCUCUCUAAGUUGGACAGAUCCUGCCAUCUGUCCGCUUUGAAGUCCCAGUGGAGUUUUACGAGUUGGUAGGUUUUAAAGACAGCCUUUUGUCUUCUUGUCAGGAACACAAUGUAAUACAAAGUUUUUUGUGAUCAUUUAGAAACAAUUAUUUUAAAGGGGAACAUUAUCACAAUUUCAAAAGGGUUAAAAACAAUUAAAAUCAGUUCCCAGUGACUCGUUUUAUUUUUCAAAGUUUUUUUCAAAAUUUUACACCUCCCGGAAUAUCCCUAAAAAAAGCUUUAAAGUUCUUGAUUUUCGCUAUUUGCAAUGCGACUGUCCAUUUCCCUGUGACGUCAUACAGUGCUGCCAAUACAAACAACAUGGCGGUUACCACAGCAAGAUAUAGCGACAUUAGCUCGGAUUCAGACUCGGAUUUCAGUGGCUUAAGCGAUUCAACAUAUUACGCAUGUAUUGAAACAGAUGGUCGGAGUAUGGCGGCAGAUAGCGUGAACGAAAUUGAAGAAUAAAAUUGCAGGUAUUGAGCGAAUAGCUAUUGACGCUAUUCGGCCAUAGCAUGGGUGUACCUAAUGAAGUGGCCCAUAGCAUGGCUGCCUUAUUAGCAUCGCCGGUAAAAUGUGCGGACCAAACGAUCAGGACUUUCGCAUCUUGUGACACUGGAGCAACUUAAAUCCGUCGAUUGGUAAGUGUUUGUUUCGCAUUAAAUGUGGGUAUCUAGUUUCAAAUGUACAUACAGCUAGCGUAAAUAGCAUGUUAGCAUCGAUCAGCGUAGCAUGUUAGCAUCGAUUAGCUGGCAGUCAUGCCGCGACCAAAUAUGUCUGAUUAGCACAUAAGUCAACAACAUCAACAAAACUCACCUUUGUGAUUUCGUUGACGUAAUGGUUACAAAUGCAUCUGCAGGUUAUCCAUACAUCUCUGUGCCAUGUCUGUCUUAGCAUCGCCGGUCAAAUGUGAAGACACUUUGGUACAUUCAAUGGGGGUCUGGCGGCAGAUUUCUUGCCAGUGGUGCAACUUGAAUCCCUCCCUGUUAGUGUUGUUACACCCUCCGACAACACACCCACCAGGCAUGAUGUCUCCAAGGUUCCAAAAAAUAGUCGAAAAAACGGAAAAUAACAGCGCUGAGACCCAGUGUUUGUAAUGUGAAAAUGAAAAUGGCGGGUGUGUUACCUCGGUGACGUCACGUUCUGACGUCCUCGCUAAAAGACCGAUAAACAGCAAGGCGUUUAAUUUGCCAAAAUUCACCCAUUUAGAGUUCGGAAAUCGGUUAAAAAAAUAGAUGGUCUUUUUUCUGCAACAUCAAGGUAUAUAUUGACGCUUGCAUAGGUUUGGUGAUAAUGUUCCCCUUUAACACAGGAUGUAGGUUCACAGCAUCGUACUUUAUUACUUUACUAACUGCCUACGGAAGUCCAGAUAAAAACUGAUUUGAAUGAAGACAUCAAGUAAAUUCAUCUGACAGCCACAAAUAUGAACACAAAACACAUUUCGGAGGCAAUAAAUAGGAUUUUACAUUCAGAAAAAAAAGGCGAAAUUCCAAUAGGCAGGCGAAUGGACGUCAAAAGCAAUAUUUGAUCGUGGAGAAGAAAACAGGUACAAAAAGUGAGGCCACCACCGUGCUUCUUAACAAGUACUGAUUGUCGGCGGCAAAGAUUGUAAUCAGGUGAUAGAUUCCUUCAAAACGGAUGCAGGAGACCCAAUUACACUUCCAUAUUCUUUAUUAAGCACAUGCAGGAGAUCCCAUUACCAAUUCCAGCCUUGCCAGCUGCCACGAAAGCGUCGUUUCUCCACAAAGCCGUGACUCUAAUCCUCACCACCAUAGCGGAAAAUCAGUUUUGAGUAUAUUCCAAGUAACGUUAUCACUGGAGGACUUGAGGAAAAUGAAUAUAUAUGCAUGCUACACGUGGAACAAGACCACAAAAUGAAGUAAGGGGUGGUUGAUCCAGAUGUUGACACUAUCGAUACCGAGUGUAAUAUGUGAGAAUGAGAUAUUUUUAAGUGUUCUUUUGUAAUCCGUAGUCAUGUGAUUUCCUUGCUUUUUUCUUAUGUUCAGUUCAGUUCAGUUCAGUUCAGUUUAUUUUCAGUCUAACAAAAACAUAUUCAAACAUGGAUCACGAUUCAAAAAUGAAUAACAUGACUGAAACAGGCAGAAGCAAAAAAGCUUAUAUGCCCAACAUGAAUUUUUUACAUUCAAUUAAGUUACCUUUUCUAAUAAUUCUGCAACACAAAAAGAAAUAUAGUCAUUCAGCAUCCACAUUCAGGCUGCCCCACAACAAAUAAUACAAAAAUAUGUACCUACACACAUGCACUUUUUUGUAAAUAGAUAAACAUACAUACCUUCUAAAUACAACAUUUAACCAAACAAACAUACAUUUCUAGUCCACAUAACUUUUUAAAAUACAUUGUGACAUGUUCUUUUUGAAAUUAAAUACUGAGUCACUCAUUUUUAUUUCUUUACCAACAGAAUUCCACAAAUUAACACCGAGAACAGAUAAACAUCUACGUUUAACCACUAGUCUUGCUUUUGGUCAAAUAAACUUAGAUUCAUCUCUUAGAUUGUAUUUGCUGGUCUGUAGAGAGAAGUAUUUUUGAAUUCCUUCUGGAAGAGUAUUUAUUUUUGCUUUGAACAUUAUCUGUGUUAUUUUAUAAUAAACAAUAUCUUGAAAUUUCAUAAGUUUUGAUGUAACAAAUAAUGGAUGGGUGUGGUCAUAAUAUCCUGCUUUGUUUAUUAGCCGUACAGCUUUUUUUUUGCAGCAAAACAAUAUCAUUAGUUAGCAAUCAAUGUUUAUUUAUAUAGCCCCAAAUCACAAAUGUCUCAAAGGACUGCACAAAUCAUUACGACUACAACAUCCUCGGAAGAACCCACAAAAGGGCAAGGAAAACUCACACCCAGUGGGCAGGGAGAAUUCACAUCCAGUGGGACGCCAGUGACAAUGCUGACUAUGAGAAACCUUGGAGAGGACCUCAGAUGUGGGCAACCCCCCCCCCUCUAGGGGACCGAAAGCAAUGGAUGUCGAGCGGGUCUAACAUGAUACUGUGAAAGUUCAAUCCAUAGUGGCUCCAAGACAGCAGCGAGAGUCCCGUCCACAGGAAACCAUCUCAAGCGGAUCAGCAGCGUAGAGAUGUCCCCAACCGAUACAUGCGAGCGGUCCAUCCUGGGUCUCGACUCUG